UCCGUCUGCCGCCGGACCUCUUAGUUGCAGGGACUUCCGUUCCCACCCUCGUUCUCGUGUCAUUUCCGGGUGGAGGCUACGCCAGACUCCGCGUCGUUAUCGUUUCGCUGUAAACAAAAGUUAUUCAACGGUUCAACUUUAACGACGCAGUGAACGACAAGACAUGCAUAUCAAAACCGGUACAUGGGAAUCCAGCAACGCCGUGUGUGAGCCAUCCAGCCUGUGUGACAAAGCCGUCCUCGUUUCAGCCACCAACUCAGAGCCCCACAUUCGCAACCGCCGCCUGUCUCCCGGGUCAGGAAACUGCGGAGGUGGUGGAGGAGGGUGCAUCUCUGGAAGUGAGCAGUCACCCCCCCAGCUCUCGCCAGAAGCUGACCCGCUCGGGCCCGGACAAACAAACAACCUCGCCGUCCGCAAGGAAAAGGAGCGCAGGGGGCACAAAGGCCGCAGCCUCCGCAGGGAAAGCCAAAGGGGACCGGGCCGCGCCGGUGAGCGAGCACUAAAGGCUAACCACAAAGACAGGUGGGUCGAGGACAGUCUGUCGCUGCUCAAGCCCCCACCUGCUUUCCCAGUGCAGGACAGCCCUGCCAAACUGCAACCUGCCGUUAGCUACGCUUCAAAGGUGAAGGCGGGUGCAGCAGGUGGUGCGCUGGAGGACGACCGCCCAGCCAUUGGUGUGCUGCUACAGAACCAAUGGGGCCUAAGCUUCAUCAGCGAUGCCAGGCCACCCAAUGAGGGCCCCAGCCCUCAGUCCUCUGCAGUACCCCUCCCACCUACAGACGAACACCCCGCAGAUCCAGUUCUCAGAGUUCAGCCUCCUGACCUAACACCGGCUCCUGUCACUACCUCUUCCUCCCUGGUCACACACACUGACACAGACGAGGCCAAUGGGGAGCUGCUGCUGAGCUGUCGCCAUCUUGUGGAGGCUUUGAGUUAUCACAGUAGAGAGUGGAAUAUUAUCUGCAAUAGACAAAAGAAAGAUCCAAAAAGAGUGGUUUGGUACAAGAGCACCAGGGAGCACCCCGCCUAGCAGUGCGUCAAGCCUGAAGCCUCGACAUCACAACAGACCUGCUUUCACAUCAAAAACACAUGACAGACGGACACAUUUUUGGGUCCCGUUCACGCCGCACUCAGGAUUAUAUCGUCAUGUAAAAAGCCACACUGAGACACUUUGGACUAACUCCUUUGAGGUUCCAACAGCAAUGGACUUUUUAACGCCUUACAGAAAGCCUGCCUUAAUCAGACUUUUCAUCACCUCAUUACUGUUUUAGCUUGUACGCAUGGGGCUGUUUUUUUCUUUUUAACAAUCUUUAAAGAGUCUAAUUUAAGUCUUUGUUCCCUUUUGAAAGCUGCGAUUUUAUCAGACUUUGUCCUCUGUAAAGCGAGUGGUCAAUCAAGCACUUUGUUUCAAAUCUUUGACCAAUCUGUGUGUGCAGGAAGCCUCAGCAGAACCGUUGAUUUUUCUUCCCCCUCUUGAUUUUAAGCAAAAGAAUGUGUUGCACCUGCUGGAGUUUUAUUGUUGGUGUGUGCAGGGCCGUCUGUUUCCAUGUGUUGGGUUUACUGAAGGGUGCAGCCAACCGCACAGUAGUGUUCACCCUUAACCACGUCAGAUCUUAAUGCUGUGCUCCUGUUUUUAUUUGGCCCCUGAGCAGCUGGAUGUUGCUUCAAAGGGACGUCACUAUGAAACAUUAAAAUUACACUGGAGAAAGAGAGAAGUCAGAACAGUAUUGCCUAAUAAAAGUGAAUACAUUUGA